CUUUCUUUCUUUGGUAUUAAGACCAAAUUAGUAUGAGUGACAAAUCUGGGCAGUUCUGCACCGCAAAAGAAAGCCUUCAUCAUAUUGAUAACAUCAUCUCUAAUGAUUUCCCAGCAAGCUUGAUAAAACACACCUGUAAAACCAUCAGGUCCUCCUGUACUUUCACUAUUUAGUUGGAAAACCACUCUCUUCACCUCUUCUUUAGUAGGUUCUGCUUCAAAACUCAAGUUGUCUUCUUCAGAGAUCAUUAUGGGUAAAUGAUUUAGAAUUUCAUAAUUUUUUGGAUCUUCUUCCUUUGUAAACUGAUCCGUGUAAAAUUUGAUAGCUUCAGCAAUUAUUCCCCCUUCUUCUUCUAUCCAGUUCCCAUCUUCCCCUUGAAUUCUUCUUAUUUGCAUUCUUUUCCUUCUCCCAUGUACAUGAGCAUGGAAGAAUUUUGUAUUUCUAUCCCCAUCCUGAAAUCACUGCAUCCCAGCUUUCUGUUUCCAGAAUUCUUCCUCUAGAUGUAAAUAUUUAUUUAAAUCAGCCUGCACUUUAUGCAAUUCCUGUCUAUUAGUCGAAGUUGGAAAAUUUUGAAACUGAUUUUCCUUUGUUUUUAUAAUCUCUUCAAGAGUUUCAAUUUCAUGAAAAAUGUUGCCAAAAGUUGCUUUACUCCAUUGUACCAAAGCUGCUUUCACUUUUUUCAGUUUAUGAUGAAAAAGUAUGAAAGGAUUUGCCAUAAAUUCAGUUGUUCAAUUUUGUCUAAUUAUCUCCAUAAAACCUUCCUGUUUUACCCAAAAAUUCAAGAACUUAAAAGGUUUUUUGAUGCUUCUAUUGUCUCCUGUGUAAGAGAUUAACAUAGGAGCAUGAUCUGAACCACUCCUGAUCAGAUGUUUGAUAUCAACACUAGAGUAUUUUGUUUGUAACAGUUGAUUACCCAAACAUCUAUCCAAUCUUUUGAAAAUGCAAUCCUCACCAUUUUGGCCAAUCCACCAAGUAAAUUUGCUGCCUCUAAACCCCAAAUCUGAUAUUUCACAGUUUUGAAUGCAGACCCUGAAAUUCAUAAUUUCAUUGAUGGUUACUGGAAGGCCUCCAUAUUUCUCCUCUUCUGAAGUUAUUGCAUUAAAGUCACCCCCAAUCAUCCAUGGAAUAUUAACUGAGGUAGAUAAAUCCUCCAAUGAGUCCCAUAAAUCCAAUCUUUCAUUUUGAGUACACUUUGCACAAACUAUUGUUACUAGCAUCUCCUCUUGACUUCCUCUAAUCUUUAAAUUUAUGGUUAAAUGUUGUUGAUGAUCCAUUAUUAUAUGAUAAUCAAAAAUAUCUUCCACAAAAAUCCAAAUCUUACCAGAUAUGUUAGCCAUGGCAUGUUCCAUACCCAGUCUUCUCUUAUAUUCCUCUAUCUUGUUUGAAUCUUGAAAAGGCUCCAUUAAACCUAUAAAUUCAAACUGGUGUCUUUGAUUCAUUUUUAUCAACCUUAUAAAAGCUUCCUUGGUAUUGACUGACCUAAUAUUCCAUAUAAGAGCAUUCAUCAUGGUUUAUUGAGUUUAUUAAUCUGCCUUCUAGUAUGGACUCCACUCCCAGGUGGAACACUUGUAUCUCUUGAUAUCUUUCUUUUUUCUUUUCCUCCUCUUUUUUGUAGAUGCUUUGGAGAGAUGUCUCUUGCUCUAAUGGCUGCUUCAAAAUUAUGCUCUAAGAUUCUGUUUGUCCCCCUCUGCUUGUGGAUGUUGUCUUGCUGCUGUUUAUGCUGGAAUGGUUUGUGCUCUUGUUCUUCUGGAUAUCCUCCUGUUCUUGAAGAUUUGAUGUUACGGAUUUUGAUUGGAGCUUACUGCAUGGUGUGUGUAUGUGAGGUUCCUCAGGAUGGAGAAUUCGACAUUCCUUUUCCUCAUGACCUUGAAGUCUACAGUGUUUGCAAUAUCUUGCUUGGCCUUGUCUUGUUUGCUGUGUCCAGAUCUACUGUUAGCGGUUUUCCAACUGCUGUUGCAAUGGAAAAAACAGCCUCUUUAACAAAGAAAUUUGAAGACAGUUCAGGAAAGCUUAUCCACAUGAGGUCUCUUCCUUUGGAUUGAACCAUGGAUUCCAUGUGAAAGAUCUCAUUUGGCAAUAUCUAUCAUGUACUUUUAGAUAGUAGACAGGGGUAGACAUCAUUUUAACAUAGUCUUCUAGAAAGUUUAGACGAAUCAGAAUAUGUCUUUCAUCAAGUACUCCUAUGAUUGGUACUCCUUUAAUUCCACACUGUAUUGGAAUUACUCUCCUUAGUUCUUUAAUAUCAAUGUUGUCAUAUGAAAACUUACCUACCACUGCAUAUUGUAGUUUCUCCUUUUCAAUCAUUUGUUGUAUCUCAUUUGAUUUCCAGGCAAUAAAAGGCUCCCCAUUGCUGUA